GUCUUUUAUUAUUUUUUAAUUUUUGUGUCAAUAAAAAAAAGUGGUACAACAACAGCUAAAAUAUAAAAAGAAAAAAAAAUAAGUCCAUAUUAACUCCGCCACCCCACGGCGAAUUAGAAGCUUAGAUUAAUUCACAAUUCAAUCAAACUGUGCAUGGUUCUCUAUGGAGGCAGAUAGGUUAAAUUCUCCACACACUUCUGCAAUUUUCAUCGAUGUUCUAGGUCAUCAACUUCAGUUUUGCCAGGAUCCUAAUUCGAAGCAUUUAGGCACAACUGUUUGGGAUGCAUCUAUGGUUUUAGUAAAAUUUCUGGAAAGAAAUUGUCGAAAAGGGAGGUUUUCUCCAUCUAAAUUGAGAGGAAAGCGUGUGGUUGAACUUGGGGCAGGUUGUGGCGUAGCAGGAUUUGGCAUGGCAUUGCUUGGAUGUGAUGUAGUUUCAACUGACCAAACUGAGGUUUUGCCGUUGCUAAUGAGAAACGUGGAGCGUAAUACUUCGAGGAUAAUGCAGACAAUCUCAGAUCCAGAUUCAUUUGGUUCCAUACAGGCUGCCGAGUUGGACUGGGGUAAUGAAACUCAUAUAAAGGCUGUUGGCCCUCCAUUUGACUUUAUCAUUGGGACUGACGUUGUUUAUGCGGAGCAUCUCUUGGAACCACUUUUGCAGACAAUAAUCGCACUGUCUGGACCGAAGACAACAAUUUUGUUGGGUUAUGAAAUCCGAUCAACAAAUGUCCAUGAAAAGAUGCUUGAGAUGUGGAAGAGAAAUUUUGAGGUCAAAACUGUUCCAAAAGCAAAGAUGGAUAGCACCUACCAACACCCAAGCAUCCAGUUAUACAUAAUGAACUCUAAGCCACAAGGUAGUACCUCGGAAAUUGUAACACCGAUGGCUCAGCAGCAGAAUGAUGAGGUUACGGAAACAGAAACUAACCAUGGAUCAGAUGAAGAUGAAAGUAAACACGGGUUUAAUCAAGAUGACGUGACUGACAAUGAGGGAAAGGUAGACAAUAGUCUGGUUAUGGAUCUAGAGAACAGAAAACUUAGUGAUUGGGAAGCUAGAAGAUGUGGCGCGAUGGCUGCUAGACUUCUUCGCGAUGUCAAGAUAACAUAAAUUAUAGAGGUCUUAAAAUGGCAUUACCGCUACCAAGAUUGUUGCACACUGUGCUACAAGUUCAGGACAUUGACGCAAGAUUGUCUUUUCGAUAGAAGAUGUACACUGGUCUUUGAAGAUACAUCAAAAGAACCAUGUAUUCUGCUUGUAUGAAGUUGGACGGGAGCUUUUAUCAGCUUUCCACCAGUUGCAGCGCGGAGGUGUACGAUCACUAGAUGCAAAUUACUAGCAUGUUAGACCUCAGUUUUUGGUAGCUUGAUUGAGUUAUUUGAAGAUGUGUCAAGAAAGAUCAUUUCUAAAACUUGCUACUUUGAUGUUCAGUUUAGACGUUGAUAAUGUUUUUACUAAUAUAACAAGACAGAUGAUUAUUCUUCA